CCCCUGCAGCCGAUCUCGACCCAGCCCAGAUGAGCACCCCGUCCCUCUUCAGCCGCAUACUAUCUUGCUUCGAGCGGGCAGUUGCGGCUGGCCACGUCAUCUUUACCGACUCGACGUGUGCCGUUGUCGAGAACGCCGGCGUUAAUUUCCAGGUGCGUCUUGCCCCCAGUCUCGCCAAGAAGCCAACCGGCGGCUUGACAAGAAAGCUAGCCCAGAGCAAGCCUUUCGAUCCGUUCCUGCCGUACGAUCCGAAUCUCUAUGUGGAUCAGUACGAGGACCAUAAUUUGCUGCUCAACAAAUUCAGCAUAGUUCGCGGACACGUCCUCUUGACAACCAAAGGGUUCGCAAGCCAGUAUGAUCCCAUAUCCGAGUCUGACUUCAAGGCUGCGCUUGAGUUUCUGCGUGAUCCGUCGCUGCCCAGGUUUCUGGGCUUCUACAACUGCGGGUCAAAGUCUGGAGCCAGUGUCCCACACAAGCAUCUUCAGUUUCUGCCAAUCGAAUCCGACCUCCCCAUCGAAGCGCUGGUUCUCCGGGACGCUACGCAAGCACCUGAAGAUAUCUACGUUUCGGAUGCUAUUCCGUUCGCUCACGCGAUUGCUCGCUUGGGUGUCGAGACGACCGCACACGACAUGUGGACCCGCUAUGUCGCUGUUGUCAGGCGAGCUUUCUUGUCUGCGGGUCUCGAUCCGACCGAAGUCCUCACCCCGGGAGUAGUGCCCUCGGGUCAGAUAGUGGAAGGACAGAUCGAACCCAUCAGCUACAACCUUCUCUUCACACGCGAAUGGAUCUUGGCGGUUCCGCGCUCGCAGGACAACUACGAGCCUGGUGAUGGCGCAGUCGAAAACCAAGUCAAGAUCAACGUUAAUUCGGUGGGAUUCGCGGGUAUGAUGCUGGCAAAGUCUCAGUCCGAGCUGGAGACUAUCGUACAAACAGGGCCGAUCAACAUUCUUGAGGGCGUGACCUAUCCCAAAGCACUCGCUGCCUAGCGCAUGCAAGGCACCCAGCCCAAGCACUAGCCUGGUCAUGUUGGUGCCAAUGGAAACGUAUAUGCGGCGACCCAACGCCCGGAGUAGGUGUGAUUCAUCUCAAUAUAACGGGCCAAACGAGUCAAUCGUCCGUCCGUCCGUGUGCUCCGGGCCUUGGGCGUCUUUGGCAAUGAAUGGGCAUGCAUUCGGGAUCCGGAGAAAGCUACUAUCUGGGUGCCACGUUUCGUUCUGCGAAUGUUAGGAACAGGACACCUGAAAUGACCCUUGAGGUCUUGGGAGAUCUCGCCGUUCCCAAAGGAAUCGCAAUAGCACAGCCCAAUGAACGGCCCAUAUGGAACUUUAUUGAUACAGGCUACUAGCGGU